GCUCCAACACAACGUUCAUUCGAGUUCCGGCCCUUCAACAGCUUCACCAUGGGUCCCAAACCGGACACCCCGUUCCGCUCGGCGGACAUGAGCAUGGUCCAGCUCUAUGUCUCCAACGAAAUCGGUCGCGAAGUCGUUACGGCCCUCGGCGAGCUUGGCCUUUGCCAGUUCCGCGACUUGAACGAGAACGUCAGUGCCUUCCAGCGAACCUUUACCCAAGAGAUCCGACGCCUCGACAAUGUUGAGCGACAGCUGCGAUACUUCUAUGCCCAGAUGGAAAAGAUUGGCAUCCCCCUCCGAAAGCUAGAUCUCGAUGUCGAGAGGCUCGCAUCGCCGUCCACUUCCGAAAUCGAUGAACUCUCCGAGCGAAGCCAGAAGCUCGAGCAGCGAGUCUCCGCCCUGAACGAGAGCUACGAGACCCUCAAGAAGCGCGAGGGCGAUUUGACUGAGUGGCGCUGGGUCCUCCGUGAGGCCGGCAGCUUCUUUGAUCGUGCCCAUGGAAACGUUGACGAGAUCCGAGCUUCGACCGACGACGAUGAUGCUCCCUUGCUCCAGGACAUUGAGCAGCACCACGGAGCUGCUGAGGUUGAGAGAUCAUUCUCGGGCAUGAACAUUGGCUUCGUCGCUGGAGUCAUUGGUCGAGACAGAGUCGGCGCCUUUGAGCGCAUUCUAUGGCGAACUCUCCGUGGUAACUUGUACAUGAACCAGUCCGAGAUUCCCGAGCCGUUGAUCGACCCUACCAACAACGAGGCCGUCAACAAGAAUGUCUUCGUCAUUUUCGCUCACGGCAAAGAGAUCCUCGCCAAGAUCCGAAAGAUUUCCGAGUCCAUGGGUGCCGAGGUCUACAACGUCGACGAGAACAGUGACCUCCGACGCGACCAGAUCCACGAGGUCAACAACCGACUUAAGGAUGUCCAAAACGUUCUUCACAACACCCAGGCGACUCUUCAGGCGGAGCUUAACCAGAUCUCGCAAUCCCUGUCUGCUUGGAUGGUUCUUGUCGCGAAAGAGAAGGCUGUCUACAACGCCCUCAACAACUUCUCCUAUGACAGUGCCCGCCGCACUCUCAUCGCCGAAGCUUGGUGCCCCACCAACGACCUGCCACUCAUCAGGACAACGCUUCAGGAUGUGACCAACCGAGCUGGCCUCUCGGUUCCCUCCAUCAUCAACAAGAUCCAGACCAACAAGACACCUCCCACGUACUUGAAGACCAACAAAUUCACAGAGGGUUUCCAGACCAUUGUCAACGCAUAUGGUACCGCCACGUACCAGGAGGUUAACCCGGCGAUUCCCGUCUUCGUUACCUUCCCUUUCUUGUUCGCCGUCAUGUUUGGUGAUCUUGGCCACGCCAUCAUCAUGCUUUCCGCCGCCUGCGCAAUGAUCUACUGGGAGAAGUCGCUGAAGAAGGUCACAUUUGAGCUCUUCGCCAUGAUUUUCUAUGGACGAUAUAUUGCCCUCGUCAUGGCUGUCUUCUCCGUCUUUACCGGUCUUAUCUACAACGAUAUCUUCUCCAAGUCCAUGACUGUAUUCCCCAGCGCCUGGGAGUUCCGCAAGCCUGACGGUUGGACCAACGGAACUACUGUCAUUGCCACUUUGAACGACGAGGGUUACCGCUACCCCUUCGGUCUGGAUUGGGCCUGGCAUGGUACUGAGAACGACCUUCUCUUUGGCAACAGUUACAAGAUGAAGAUGAGUAUCAUUCUCGGCUGGGCUCACAUGACCUACUCGCUUUGCUUCUCGUUCAUCAACGCCCGUCACUUCAGGAAGCCCAUUGACAUCUGGGGUAACUUUGUCCCUGGCAUGAUCUUCUUCCAGGCCAUUUUCGGCUACCUUGUCGUUUGCAUAAUUUACAAGUGGUCCGUGGAUUGGUUCGGUAUUGGCGCCCAACCUCCGGGUCUGCUGAACAUGCUCAUCUACAUGUUCUUGCGACCUGGCUUUGUGGACGAUCAGUUGUACCCGGGACAGGCAACUGUUCAGAUCUGCCUCCUGCUCUUGGCAGUUUGCCAGGUGCCAAUCCUGCUCUUCCUCAAGCCCUUCUACCUCAGAUGGGAGAACAACCAGGCUCGUGCUCAUGGCUACCGUGGCCUAGGUGAGAACUCCCGCGUUAGUGCCCUGGACGGUGAUGAUGAUGAGGGCCAAGGUAACGGCAACGGCCAUCACAGCUUUGAUGAGGACGGUGAAGGGGUUGCUAUGAUCUCCCAGAACAUCGAUGAGGAGCAUGAAGAGUUUGAGUUUGGCGAGGUCAUGAUUCACCAGGUCAUCCACACCAUCGAGUUCUGUCUUAACUGUGUUUCUCACACUGCCUCGUAUCUCCGACUCUGGGCCUUAUCCCUAGCACAUCAGCAGCUGAGUGUGGUGCUUUGGAACAUGACCCUUGGCCCGGCCCUUACGACCCCUGGCGUUGCUGGUGUCAUCAUGAUUGUCAUCUGCUUCUACAUGUGGUUCUUCCUGACGAUUGCCAUUUUGGUUUGCAUGGAGGGUACCAGUGCCAUGUUGCACUCUCUCAGAUUAGCGUGGGUCGAGUCCUUCUCCAAGUUUGCCGAGUUUUCGGGUUGGCCUUUCGCUCCCUUUUCAUUCCAUUCUCUGCUGGAAGAGUCAGAGGAGUUGAAGGAUUACUUGGGAUGAUGGGGUAUUUGAUGGGUUCACGGGAGAAUUAUCCAGUUGUUAUAGUAGACUUUGCAGUCCCUUUUGUUGUAUGAUAGGUAACACGACGCAACCUUAGAAUUACU